UGAUCCAUGAUACAAGAGCAGCAGACACCGCACCACAAGCGUAGGCAAGGAAAUAUCCAAUGCCACGUGUCACACUCACCUUUUAAAAGUCGACCUGGAUGCCACCGGACAGACAAGUAAGCAAGAAGCAUACCAACGCGCCGAGAGCAUAUCAAGCACGGCAAACCAGUAUGCCCUCCACAGUUAGCGCCGCCCUCCGCGCCAUCGCACCCAGCCUCCGCUCCCGGUCUAUUACAACUUCAUCUAUCCUAUCCUCUCCCAGCAGCAAGAAUGCCCAAACCGCCAACACAACGAUCGACUCCGCAAACCGUGGUAGUAGCUCGAUUCCCAGGGCCAGCGUCAAGCCCAAGGUCUACAACUCGAACAUCUGGGGCUCUGGCUCCGAUCCUGGCAGUCAGCUCACAAAGGACCAGAAGGAGGAGGUGGACGAACAUAACCGCUACUUUGCCAAGAACCAGAGCUCAGGAAACAAAGAGAAAGUGGACGACAACUUCUGGAAGGAGCACUCCAAAGACUGAAGCUGAGCAUACCAUGGCUGUGAGGAGAGUGAAGGCAAUUCUCGCCGACGACGUACACUCGUUCUCUACUGCCCCCAGUACGACGUCACUCUCAGAGGCCGUUCGCGAUGACCCCGAGGUCAAAUGACUGAGAGGCCCUGCGAUUCGAGUGGUGGCUUGUCUUAGGGACCAGGCUGCCGCACCUUUUCCCACAGAGCAGACCACAAGGCCUUUGCUUACAGCAUCCGAUCUAGCGCACAUUGAUCGAUGACUCGCCAUCAUGUCGGCAAUGUUUCAUGGCGGCACGAUGCUGGCGAGCCGGGUGGUCGAGCCUCCGCCUCCUGUGCGACCGGCCGUCUCGGUCGUAUUCCGUUGCAUGCAAAGCCG